GUUGCAUCCGCCAUCCGCAUCUCGCAUUGGCCCUGAACUCUGACUUAUUUUUGUCUCUGACGCCAACUCAGGCAAUACGGAUUCGAUUUGUCCUCUUUUCCUUCGUGCGCCCUCGCUGUUCCAUAUAUUCUUAACACCACUACUACCGCUGGGUAUUGCUAUUCUAUCAGACAAUAUCAUUCGCUUGUUGUCGCCACACUCUCGUACCUACACGAAACGACAAUCUCCAUCGAGCCCGUGAUUACGACGCCUCCCCCUUCGGCCUCGACCACGACGCUCCCUCAGCCUCAGCACGACUUGCUCCAUCGCACAAAUCGCCAUACGUGACGUGGACUAGUGACGCAAAAACAUAUCCAAAAUGAAGACAAUCCACGCUGUGGCCGCCCUGACCGUGGCGGCGGCCUCUGCCGUUCAGGCCAUGAUUACCUGCGACUCGAACAAUCCUUGUCCUUCCAGCGCUCCAUGCUGCUCGUCCUACGGAUUCUGUGGUGUUGGUGCCUACUGUUUGGGAGGAUGUUACACAAAAGAUUCGUUCAGCAUAGAUUCCUGUAUGCCCGCGCCUGUCUGCAAGUCGUCCGAUUAUGAUUUCAGCAGCAUGGAUGGCUUCGUGGAGAACACCGAAUACUUGGGAGAUCCGGCGAGCGGUAACUGGGUCUUCUCUGGUAACCCUUUGAUGUACAACAACGAUGCUGUACUGCUCACUAUGACCGAGGACUCGUCUGGUACACUCUUGAGUAGCACUCGCUAUGUCUGGUACGGAAAGAUGAGCGCUACCAUGAAGACAAGUCGAGGUGCUGGUGUUGUCACCGCUUUCAUCAUGAUGAGUGAUGUCAAGGACGAGAUCGAUUUCGAGUUCAUUGGUACCGAUGUCGCAACUGCUCAGAGCAACUACUACUUCCAAGGAAUUACUGAUUACGGUAACGAAAAGAACCUUUCUGCACCCAACACCGAUUCGCAGUGGCACACCUACACAAUCGAUUGGCAGCCUGACUCUCUCAGUUGGGAGGUUGAUGGCAAGGUUCUUCGUACACUUUACCGUAACGAGACCUACAACGCGACUGCUGGACAGUACCACUACCCUCAAACUCCUUCCAGAGUCCAGUUCAGUUUGUGGCCUGCCGGUAAAGCCGGUAAUGCCCAAGGUACCAUUGAAUGGGCUGGUGGUGAGAUCGACUGGAGCAGCCCCUACAUGCAGAACGGUUACUACUACGCUAUGGUAAAGGAUGUUACUGUUGACUGCUACAACCCCCCAGCUGGCUACAACAACCAAGGCAACAAGGCUUACUGGUAUGAGAACAAGUACGGAACCAAUGACACUGUUGUCAUUGGUAACAACAACACCGUUCUGUCCUCCUUCCUUGCCACUGGCGAGGAGCCCAAGAAGGGUGCUAGCUCUAGUGUAGCUGCUACCAAGACCGGUAGCAAAUCUACUGCCUCGUCUUCUGCCACCGCUCAGCCUGAAACUAUUCCCGGUGUCUCUGGUGGUGGCUCUCGCGAGUCUGGAAGUGAUGUUGCCAGCGGUUCUGGCUCGUCUUCUGGCAGCAGUGGUUCGUCGGGCUCAUCUGGUUCAUCUGACUCUGGCUCUGGCUCUACUUACACUGGAUCCAACUCCUUCUCGCAAGGAUUGGAGAGCGGUAGCGGUACCAACGAUGGCAACAGAGUUGUCGCGGGUAGCCUUGUUGCUCUUGUGGCUUUCUUUGCCGCAGCUAUGAUGCUGUAAUGAAAGCAUGAGAAGGAUGGAUGGAUAUGAUUCUUAAGGCUCUCUUCUUGUUAAUACUGCUUGCGUUUGUCGCUUAUUUUGCGUCUCCUUUUGUAUUGAUACACACGACCUACCGGUAAUUCUUGGGGCCUUGA